AUGCUCAUCCGCUCUCUCAGCCUCCGUUCCCUCCCCAAGCCCACCCCAACCUUCCGCCGCACCCUCUGCAUGCCCCCCUUCCGGGGGGCUCUCGAGGCGUCCGACAACCCCAUCCCAAGCGACCAGGAGCCUUUCGACCUAAAAUCCUCUCCAGACGUCUCGGCCGCCGACGGAAUCACGCCCGAGGCCGCGUUGGCUGAACUGCGUCGUUUGCGCCACGCCGACCCAGCCGAGAUGGGGAUCCACACGCCAACCCCCAUCGCACCGUUUACCGACGUCGACCCCGUUACGGGCAAGGCUGUGGGGCCAGCUAAGAAGGGCUUCUUUUCCAAGAAGAAGGCGUAG